CAGAUAACAUCAAGUUCAAGUGAGGUGGAACGGUAGAAGAAAGGACAACAUAAUUGACAGGUACCAUUAUCCGUUUGCCUUCACUUAUUAUCAAACGGCAUUGCCGUUUACAACUACCGAACUACACUCGCAAAGCAACAGAAUUUCGCUGCACUUUCACAAUGGCCGAAGGAGAAUCAAAGCCGCGCGUCGCCCUCGUCACAGGCAUUACUGGACAGGAUGGGUCUUAUCUAGCUGAACUCCUUUUGUCCAAAGGCUACAAGGUCCAUGGCAUCAUCCGCCGUGCCAGCACAUUCAACACUGGCAGGAUCUCUCACUUGUAUGAGAAGCCGGAGCUACACAAGGGUGGACCCAUGAAGCUUCAUUAUGGCGACAUGACAGACUCUAGCUGCUUGGUGAAGAUCAUAAGCGAGGUUCAACCAACUGAAAUUUACAACUUAGCUGCACAAAGUCACGUCAAGGUCUCGUUUGACUUGAGUGAAUACACUGCUAACGUAGAUGGCGUAGGCACUCUGAGAAUGCUGGAUGCUAUUAGAACCUGCGGCCUUGGUGACACGGUUCGCUUCUAUCAGGCCUCCACUAGUGAACUGUACGGAAAGGUUCAGGAGAUUCCCCAGCGCGAAACAACGCCUUUCUACCCUCGUUCUCCUUAUGCUGCCGCCAAGCUGUACGCAUACUGGAUCAUUAUCAACUACCGCGAAGCCUACGGCAUGCAUGCAUCCAAUGGUAUCUUGUUCAACCACGAGAGUCCCCGUCGUGGCGAGACAUUCGUCACUCGCAAGAUCACGAGAGCCGUUGCCAAGAUCUCGCUAGGCCAGGAAGAGGAGCUGAGCUUAGGCAACCUAGACUCCAAACGCGAUUGGGGACACGCUAAGGACUAUGUCUAUGCAAUGUGGUUGAUUCUGCAGCAGGAGAAGCCCGAUGACUUUGUCAUUGGCACCGGCAAUGUUCACAGUGUGCGCACCUUUGUUGAGCUCUCCUUCAAGGAGAUUGGUGUUGAGAUUGCGUGGGAAGGAGAAGGUGUCGAGGAGAUUGGCAAGGACAAAGCCACCGGUGUAGUGCGCGUGCGUGUUGAUCCACGAUUCUACCGGCCCACAGAAGUGGAAUUCCUCCAGAGUGACCCGACAAAGGCAAAGGAAAAGCUCGGCUGGACAUUCACAGUGACGUUGGAAGAGCUGGUGAAGGAAAUGGUACAGUCUGACCUUGAGCUGAUGAAGAAGGAUCCGCUUGCUUGAGUGGGCAAUUCAGCCUAUCAACAACGGUAUGAGAUUAGGAUGACAACGUCUAGCAAAUUUAUUUCAUUUUGGCAUUACUCUGUAAAUUACUGAUUUUGUAGCAUUUUAUGUUGACUUUAUCCUCUCUUUUUUUUAGCAGUACCUCUCUAUCACACCAAGCCAGGACGGUUUUCGUCGUAUUUCUAUACAAAUAUCUUCAUUUAUUCCAGUCACCUGCACCGAAUGUGUGCAUGUGAUCCUUUAGUCAACAUGCUCGGCUUAGGAGAGCAUUUGUGUAGGCGCGCGUCCAUUGCCUGGCGCGUUCUCUUCCUUUCCUCCUGUCGCAUACAGCUGUAAAUCAUGAGACCACAGUUAGAUUGUGAUUUUCAAACAACAACAAAAAAUCAGCUCAAUUAUUUAA